AUGUCGAUUUUAGAGAACUUACAGAGACGAUUGAUUGAUGCAGGUUUGCUACCGAAAUUUUUGGCAGCAUUGCCUAAACUUUCGAUGCUAUUGGUUAGUGUUAGUGUAAUGCUGAUGCUAUAUUUACCAAUGGAUGGACAGUUUAGACGUACCUAUAUAUCAGAAAAUGCUUUAAUGCCUUCUCAAGCUUACAGUUAUUUUAGAGAAACAGAAUGGAAUAUUCUAAGAGGUUAUCGUAAAGAGAUUGAAGUAUUGAGCUCUCAUUCCUCAAUUGAGAGAAAUGCGAUUAUGUCUUCCUGGUUAGAAGAAUUUGGUUUGAAAACUUCCGUUUAUAAGAAUCAAGAAUACGGUGAUUCCCUUUAUGGGGUGUUCAAUGCACCAAGAGGUGAUGGUACUGAGUCAAUGGUUCUAGCAGUUCCUUGGUAUAAUGCUGAAGAUGAAUUUAAUGUCAGUGGAGCUGCAUUGGGUGUUUCAUUGGCAAGAUUUCUUUCACGUUGGCCCGUUUGGUCAAAGAAUAUUAUUGUUGUAUUUAGUGAAAACCCAAGGGAAGCCUUAAGAUCUUGGGUAGAAGCAUAUCAUACAUCUUUGGAUUUAACUGGUGGUUCGAUUGAAGCAGCUGUUGUAUUGGAUUAUCCUGGUGUAAGUGAUUAUUUUGAAUAUAUAGAAGUCCAUUAUAACGGUUAUAAUGGUGUUUUGCCGAACCUGGAUCUAGUUAAUAUCGCUAUAUCAAUUGCUGAGCAUGAAGGUUUGAAAGUAAGUUUACAUGGUUUGACUCCUGAUGAAAUGGGUAAUGGUGAUUACUGGUCAAGAUUAAAAAUGAUCUCGUUAGGUACCAAGAAUUUGGCCCUAACCGGUGUAAGAGAAGUAUAUGGUAAUGAAGCAUUUAGUGGUUGGAGAAUACAAGCGCUUACAUUAAAGGCUCGUGGUGAUACUAAUCAUGAUGUUACAACUUUCGGUCGUGUAGCGGAAGCAAUGUUCAGAUCUAUUAACAAUCUAUUGGAAAAGUUUCAUCAAUCUUUCUUUUUCUACUUCUUGUUGGCACCAAGAUAUUUUGUCUCCAUUGGUAGUUAUUUACCAGCAGCAGUUGUCCUAUCAAUUUCAUUUGCCGUAGCUUCCAUCGAUUCUUUUGUUAAUAACCAAUAUGUCUCCAUGGUAGAUUCUUCCUAUUAUAACCUAUUAUCAUUUAUUUUUUGGGCUGUUUCAGUAAUUGUCUGUUUCUUCUUAGGAAAUAGUUUUACUUAUUAUCCUCAACCAUUAUUAUUAUUACUAGGUAAUGUUGUUAUUUCAACUAUUCCAUUAGCAGCACCAAAAAAUUUAAGUAUUUCUGAACCACUAGCAUACAGAUUAAAGACAAUUUCAUUCAUGUACCUAAGUCUGGUUAUGACAUCAUUGCUAGUGGUAAAUUUCCCAUUGGCAUUCGGAAUGGGCUUAUUUGCAUACCCUAUGACAUUAGUGAUGCUUAAUAAUACAGAUAAUUUAAGAUUAAAAACAAGAAAUAGUAUUCUUCUAGCAAUUUCAAACCCUUUCAUAGCAUUUUGGUUAUUUAUCACCAUAGUGGAAUCAAAAUUAGAUGGUAUAGAAGCAAUAUACGGUUUAGUAGAUGCCUGGAAUAAGCUAGGAUCUUGGACUUGGUUCAUUUUCUGCAUCGGUUGGUUUCCAUCCUGGAUAUUAGUCGCGAUUUCAGCAUUAAAAGUAGAACAAGUACAAACAGAACCAAACUCUAAAAAGCAUUUAUAA